AAUGGAUUCUUUUUUGGUACUCCAUAAACUUAUCCUUCUUUUGGUCAUCUUCCUUACUUGUAACUACGUUCAGUCUCAAACUCCACUUGCUAAGCCGAAUAAGCCGUCUGCCAUUUUCGUGUUCGGAGACUCGACGGUCGAUGCUGGAAACAAUAACUUCAUAAAAACUCCCAUGAAAAGCAAUUUCCCUCCUUAUGGAAGGGAUUUCAUCAACCAUAUUCCAACUGGGAGGUUUACCAACGGUCGCCUCGUCUCCGAUUUCAUUGCUUCUUACACAGGUGUUAAAGACAUUAUGCCCGCUUAUUUGGAUCCGACACUCAGGAUCGAAGACCUGAUGACCGGAGUUUCCUUUGCAUCGGCAGGAUCAGGAUUUGAUCCAGUGACCGCCACACUCUCCAGCGCAAUUUCUUUGGAACAACAGAUGGAAUACUUCAAAGAAUACAAAUCGAAGAUGGAGAUGUUCAUCGGGAACGAAAAAACACUCGAUAUAAUAAAAAAUGCAGUGUUUAUGCUGAGUGCGGGGACAAAUGAUUUUAUCGUCAAUUAUUUUGGCCUGGGUGAACCGAUAACUCAAUUUAUGUAUCCAAACGUCACAAGUUAUCAUAUGCUUUUGUUUCAAAACGUCGAGCAAUUAAUCAAGAAACUGAUGAAUGAAGGUGCUCGGAAGAUAGCGAUGGUAGGAUUACCUCCUAUCGGUUGCCUGCCAGAAGUAAUCACUCUGAACAAAGAUGUUGCGAUUAAUGGACGCAAAUGUGUCGAACCCAUGUCAUAUGUGGCCACGGAAUACAACCGAAUUCUUGAAAGCAAACUGAAGGCGAUGCAAACUUCCGAAACCAAACUGUAUUAUGCAGAUAUAUACAAGCCUAUUCUUGACCUCAUUCAGUUCGGAAAAACCAAACUUGGUUUUCAAGAGGUGAAUGAAGGAUGUUGUGGUUCAGGAUAUAUUGAAGCAGCGGUGCUAUGCAACAUGAACUCAGCUGUAUGUGACGAUGCAUCAAAGUACGUGUUUUGGGAUUCUGUUCACCCAACAGAAAAAGCAUAUUACUAUGUAUUUACAAUCAUCCGUCCAGUGGUUGAUAUGGUCUUGAAUGAUUACAAAAACUAAACGGGUCUAAUCACCAUUUCACAUAUCUAAAUUGGUAUUUUAACCAUUUUUCUUUCUGGUUGAUCCAAAUGUUACUACUUCUGCAAUAUCCAGGUCCGCAAUUGCUAAAAGGUGAAGAGAAAAUUCAAAUUCAACACAGAUAUGCAAUUUGUGACG